AAUUGAGUGGGCAUAUCCAAAAUCGGAAAGGGAGAACUGCAAACCCUAACUUCAGAAAUUGAAAAGGUGAUUGAUCGAUCAAAGGAGAAGAAUCGCCAAAAACAAUCGAAAGACUCCAUCACCAAAGCUUAGAAAAUGGGAAACGCCGAGAAAUUGAUGAAUCAGAUCAUGGAGCUCAAGUUCACAUCGAAGAGUCUCCAACGCCAAGCCCGAAAAUGCGAGAAGGACGAAAAGUCUGAGAAACUCAAGGUGAAGAAAGCCAUCGAGAAAGGUAACAUGGACGGCGCUAGAAUUUACGCCGAAAACGCCAUCCGCAAGCGCAGCGAACAGAUGAACUAUCUCCGUCUCUCCUCUCGCCUUGACGCCGUUGUGGCUCGCCUAGAUACCCAGGCGAAGAUGACGACGAUCAGCAAGUCAAUGUCCUCGAUCGUCAAAUCACUGGAGUCUUCACUCAACACAGGGAAUCUUCAGAAAAUGUCGGAGACGAUGGAUUCAUUCGAGCGUCAGUUUGUGAAUAUGGAGGUUCAAGCUGAAUUCAUGGAGAGUUCUAUGGCUGGAAGUACUUCCUUAUCGACUCCAGAGGAUCAGGUCGGCAGCCUGAUGCAACAGGUGGCUGAUGACUAUGGACUCGAGGUGUCCGUGGGGCUUCCGCAAGCAGCCGGCCAUGCUAUAUCUUCUAAGGAUGAGGAGAAGGUCAGUGAGGAUGAUCUGUCCAGGCGUCUUGCUGAGCUCAAGGCGCGUGGGUAAUUGAGAAAGUAAAGAUUCUUACUGUUAAUAUAGAGGCUUUGGUAUUGGUGUAAUGUGAUGCAGUAUGUGGAAUUUUAUCUGUUGCAUACUUAAGAUUGAACACUUCGAUGUACAUUUUACUCUCUUGUGAUUGUGUAGUCAAUUUGCUUUACCAA